AUGCUACGAACACAACAAAAACUCCUCUCAUGCAGUGCAAGGUUACGGAAGCCAAUCUAUAUCACCACUCCAAUCUUUUAUGUUAAUGCGAAACCUCAUUUGGGCCAUAUCUACUCUAUGCUUUUGGCUGAUACCAGGAUCCGAUGGGAGCAAUUAACGCCAGGGAAAAAGACGUUUUUUCUUACGGGAACCGAUGAACAUGGGCUUAAAAUACAGGGUGUUGCUGAAAAAGAGGGGAUCUCUCCAAAGGAAUUGGUCGAUAGAGUUUCUCAGAACUUCAAAGUUUUGGCAGAAACAUAUAAUGUGAAGGAAGACCGAUUUAUCCGAACUACUGAUACGGAUCACGUAGAAGCAGUACAGUAUUUUUGGAAACUCAUGGAAUCCAAGAAUUUAAUCUACAAAAGUUCACAUAGUGGCUGGUACAGUGUGAGCGAUGAGGCUUUCUAUCCGGAAUCCCAAGUAAAAGAGAUUGUUGACGAAAAAACAGGCUUGACCAAGCGAGUGAGUAUUGAGACAAACAACGAGGUUUUUUUCCACGAGGAGGAGAAUUAUUUCUUUCGACUCUCUGCGUUCCAAGAUCGGAUUAUCGAACAUAUCCUGCUGAACAAAGACUUUGUAUUUCCACCACAGAAGUCAUCAGAACUCUUGAGGCUGUUGAAGGAUGAAAAACUCGAUGACUUAUCUGUUCUGCGUCCUUCUUCUCGACUCACUUGGGGAAUCGAAGUUCCGAAUGAUCCCUCUCAAAAGAUAUAUGUGUGGUUUGAUGCAUUAAUCAAUUACAUUACUGCUGCAGGUUACCCAAGACUUCCAAAAAAUCCCGAGUUAAACAUUUGGCCCGCACUGACCCAUAUUGUCGGUAAGGAUAUCAUCCGGUUUCACUGCAUCUACUGGCCAGCAUUCUUGAUGGCUGCUGAACUACCUUUGCCUCAACAAAUCCUAGUCCACUCUCAUUGGCUUAGCAAUGGUGUUAAAAUGAGUAAGUCUUUGGGAAAUGUUGUGGAUCCAAUAGACUUAUCUACCCAUUAUGGAGCUGACCCAUCCAGACUUUACCUCAUGGAACAAGCAAACAUCGCAACUGACUGUAGAUUCAGCGAGGAGGCAAUGUAUCAGCGUAGAGCUCUUCUUUUGAAUAAAUGGGCGAACAUUGGCUCAAGAAUCCAGGGUGGUAAGUUCCUGCUUACGCGUGCACUUGAGAAGAAAAGGUUAGGUGUAUUUGACAAUUUCGAACUGCUCUACUCAGAACAUGGAGUCCCAAAAAACAAAAAAGAAGUACUCCAGCUCGUGAAUAAAUUGACAGAAAGCGUCAACAAUUUGCAUUCGGAUAUGGAUGCUCACAUGGCUCGUUUUGGCCAGAUGUAUGCUACGCAACGUUGGUGGGAGACUGUGGAGCUUGGAAAUUUGUUGUUUGCGGCAGCGGAGCCUUGGGUCUAUAGUAAAACCUUGAAUGAUGAUACUAUUUCGGAGGUUGUUCGGCAAAAACAUGAGGAUAUUAUGGACUUUAUAGUCUAUGCGACAAGUGAGGUUGGCCGCGUCCUGUCAAUUUGUAUCUCUCCUUUCAUGCCUGAACUUUCUAAGAAUUUCUUAGACCACCUUGAUGUUGAGCAAGACAAACGUGACUCCAGGUUCUGCAAGUUUGGCGAGGACUCAUCCUAUGGACGGGAACUUGUUCCCGGCAAGCUCAUGGGUAAAGUAACAAAAAGACAUUAA